CGAAUUCGUUAACAGGCGCUAACGGUUUGGGUUCCCGAAACGCAGCUGCCCCCCGCCCGAAAAAAAUAACAAAAUUGAAAAUACCAUAGACCAAGGGGCACUACGAGAUCCUUGAAUACACGAAAGAAGUCAACAAAAUGUCAAGACCCAAUCAAAGCAACAACAACAACAGCCGCAAUGGCAACGGAAAUGGCGCCGUUGGCCAGAACAAUGAUGUCUACAACAUUGUGCUGCUGAUCGUGGACAUUGUUGUCUUGCUGAUCAAAUUCUGGCUAUCGAUUGCCGAGGAGAUCAUCAAGGUGUUCACCAGCCGGCCGCAGAGCGAUGUCAGCGGCCAGUUUGUGCUGAUCACGGGCGCCGGCCAUGGCAUGGGCAAGGAGAUGGCGCUACAGUAUGCCGCCAUUGGUGCCAAGGUCAUCUGCUGGGAUGUCAACGAGCAAACGAACGCGCAGACGGUCAAGGAUAUCAAGCAGGCGGGCGGCACCGCUUACGGUUAUGUGUGUAAUGUGGUCAAGCGUGAGGAUAUUAUUGAGCUGGCCGGCAGAAUGCGCAAGGAGCAUGGCUUUAUAAGCGUUGUGGUCAACAAUGCUGGCAUUAUGCCCUGCCAUCCGCUGCUGGAGCACACCGAACAGGAGACGCGCCUCAUGUACGACAUCAAUGUGCUCGCUCACUUCUGGAUCAUCCAGGCCUUUCUGCCCGACAUGAUUGAGCGCAACGAGGGCAGCUUUGUGGCCCUCUCAUCCUGCGCCGGACUCUUUGGCCUGCCCAAUCUGGUGCCCUACUGCGGCACCAAAUUUGCCGUGCGCGGCUAUAUGGCUGCCCUGGCCGAGGAGCUGCGCCAAAAGAAUCCACAGAACAAUAUCAAGCUGACCACCAUAUAUCCGUAUAUGAUCGAUACGGGUCUGUGCAAGAAUCCGCGCUAUCGCUUUCCGAAUUUGUUCAAGCUGAUUGCGCCCCAGGCGGCGGCUGCCUCCAUCAUUGAGGCUCAGCGUCAGGGCCUGGAGGAGGCGUCCAUACCGCGCCACUAUGUGACCGUCGAGAAGCUGGCUCGUCUUAUACCCAAAAAGGCAUUGCGACUGAUCAACGAUUUUCUCGAUACGGGCGUUGAUACCGACAAGAUCUAAGCCGUAAACCAAAAACAAAAAAUAAGAAAAGGAAAACAAAACCCCGGAGCUUCCAAUGAUUAUUUUAGGUCUCAACAGCUUUAACGUUUUAUUUUCGCAAAUUUGUUUUUUUUUUUUUUUUUCUACUUUCUCUGUGGAUCUUGAGAGUACUUCUAUGCUAACCUACUUAUUUGUACACGAUGUGAAUUAAGCAAGCUUAAAGGUUGUUACUUAAUAAACAAAUAACUAUACGAUGUUAAACUUAA